AUGUUCCCAAACGAGGAGCCAAACGUCUGGUAUCUACCAUUCCUGUCGCCCAAGAAUUCGCCGAGGGUCGCCAGUGUGACCGGGGCCUGUCGCUUCUCCCGGGAUGGAGUUGAUGUUUCCCCCAGUCCUCCUUUAGAUGCCCAGCCGGUGACGUACAAGGAGCCUGCCUUUUGGUGUUCAAUUGCUUACUACGAGUUAAACAACCGCGUGGGCGAGACGUUCCACGCCUCGCAGCCCUCCCUCACUGUAGAUGGAUUCACCGAUCCCUCUAAUUCGGAGCGUUUCUGCCUCGGCCUCCUCUCCAACAUUAACCGUACUCAGCAGGUGGAGAUGACGAGACGCCACAUUGGUAAAGGUGUGCGAUUGUACUACAUUGGAGGCGAGGUGUUUGCCGAAUGUUUAAGUGAAAGUGCUGUGUUCGUACAAAGUCCAAACUGUAAUCAGAGAUACGGAUGGCAUCCAGCGACGGUCUGCAAAAUACCACCAGGUUGCAAUCUUAAAAUUUUUAACAAUCAAGAGUUUGCCGCCCUGCUGGCCCAGUCGGUGAACCAGGGGUUCGAGUCGGUUUAUCAACUCACUCGUAUGUGUACUAUCAGGAUGAGCUUCGUCAAGGGUUGGGGAGCCGAGUACAGACGACAGACUGUAACAAGUACUCCAUGCUGGAUUGAGAUUCAUCUGAACGGACCGCUGCAGUGGCUGGACCGAGUCCUGACUCAGAUGGGGUCACCAGGACUACCAUGCUCCAGUAUGUCUUAGGUCAUAGGUGAAAGGUCAACAUCAAUAGUCAUAUGAUGAACUGAAAAGUGAAUUAUCAAACUGGAUACUUAUAUUUGUAACUGUUUUACAAAAAAAAAAUAUAUAUAAAAACAUGACAAAGUCAUUGGUAUGUCACGGUUGUAUGAAUGACGUAGGACGCUUGAUAGAGAAAUAGGAGUCAUUGCCUGUAACGGCAGGACAGAUGGACAAGUGCUCUGUGUGUGUGGAUGGAGGGUCAAAGGUCAGUGUUGAUGCAGAAAUAUUCCCAAGUAGAAAGCUGUCAGGAUAUAGUGAUUUUUGUGGAGAAAGAAUGUUUUGCUAGUUGGAUUGCUCCUUGACAUGGAUGAAGGAACGAGAUUUUGUGGAUCUGUAAUACAUUUCUUUUAUGAAGAUUAAAAUGUUUGACACAUACAUCUCUUCAAAAAUCACCAUGGUUACAAAUGGUGUUUGGAACUCUUCUGUGGAUAAAGGAAGGAAAUGUUAAAUAAACUGUGAUAGAAUGAACCAUCUGCAGUGAUGAAGUACCAUCAGUUAAAUGGAACUCUUCUUAGUGUGGAGGAAGGAAAGAAGUGUGAAACUCUUUAUUGAGGAUAGAACGACAAGGCCUGGAUCUCUGCUGGAAGAUGUUGCAGGUGAACCAUCUUCUGGUUAUGGAGGAAGGAAAAGUGUUACAUAUGGAACUCUUCUUACUGUGGAGGAAGGAUAAUGUGGUGAAUGGAACUCUUCAUAUUUUAGAGGAAGGAAAAUGUGACAAAUGGAACUCUUCAUAUUUUAGAGGAAGGAAGAUGUGACAGACAAAUGGAACCAUUUGUCAUUUUUAAGAAAUAAAUAAAAUGUUCUUAAAAGAUCAAUGAUUAAACAUGAUAUGUAGAACAUAUCUAAGAGAGUUUCCUCAAUUUUCAAAUUUACUUGAAAACUUAUUCUGUUAUUUAUUGUGCUGCUGGAAAUCUUGUUUCUUUCAAGUAUUUUCGCACUAUUUUGAUAGAUGUAGAGGAAACAUGUAUUUAUGUCUCAUAACGAUACUUUGGUGGUUUAAAUGUAAAUGGCCGUCCAAAUGGUAUUAAUCGCUUUGUCUGACAGUGGGUUUUUUUCUGGGGACUUGAAUUGAAGCUAUUUCAUGUUUGUGCCCAAAACUCAAAAUUUGCAUUUUACUCCUGAAAAUGUCCUAUCCAAAA